AUGAACGAAAACGAAGGCCAAAGCGGCUCAGCUGAGGCAGUACAAGAGACGGCGCAUGGUGAGUCAGACGCGCAAAUGAGUAUUCUUAAGAAAAAGCGAAGCCAACUCAGAGGUAAGAUUACUCGAUCUAUAAAUAGAGCCAGAAAGUUUAUAGAAGAGGGCGCAGAGAAGCGUAAACGGAUAGAAAAAGAAAUCAUUCAGAUACGAAAGGACUUUGAGUUAGCGCGUGAGUGUCACGCUGAGAUGUAUGAGUAUGUGGGGGAAAGUCAAACCUCAACGAUGGACGAGUGGGAAGAUAUACUCACCAACGAUGUAUACGACAUCGAAGAGAUGGUCGAAACCUUUCUCCUGUCCCUCUCUGUGUCCGAACACGCUAACCCAAUGUCCUCAACGAGCGAACAGAUUUUAGAGCCUGAAGUCAAUAGUAACAUCGAAUCAGCAGGAGGCAACGCGCCAGUUAGUCACGAGGAAGUCGAGGGAGCUUCAAUUCAUGAGACCGAAGCUUCGGGAAGCGCGCAAUCCAUCACCAACAGCGAUAAAACUGUGUCAAAUGCCGAGAACCUGCAAAAUAUAGCGUGUAACUCUGUGACAGACGAACUGGAUUGCCCAAAGAGCAAAAUUAAUCCCAACCUGUCAUCGCCGCAAUCUUUCGACACCUGGAUAGACAAUUUAAUUGAAUUUGAAGAAACAGUUUUACCGACUAAAGUGUCUCAAAUGUCAAUCGCGGAAGCUUUGUAUAAAUUAGAGUCUAGUAAGGAUAUUCCUAGUAUUGUACUUAUUAAAUAUGACGGAAACCCGCUUACUUAUGUUGAAUUUAUCGAGC